UAUAUUCGGAUACAUUCUCCAUCACCGUGGUCGGAAUCAUUGCAUUCGCCGUCCCAGCCGUCAUAAUCAUGGUUCUCAGCCUACUUAUUCCGACCUCGACAAUCACAGCGUCAGGGUAUGGGACGCGUGGGUUAAGCCCCUGGAAACGCCGCCUUUGGGAAUGGCAUACAGGCUGGCUCGGUCUGGGCCUCAGUCUUGCUGGUGCCUUUUUCGUCGUCUCAGGAUUGAAAGACAUCGUCGGAAAGCCUCGACCUGAUUUCCUUGCCCGAUGCAACCCCGACCUUUCCAACAUCUCCGCCCAUCUGACCGGCGGUCUAGGUCUAAGACGCGAGGGAGCCCCUGUUCUUGUCCACGCCAGUAUCUGCCAGAACACAGACGCUGCUGUUAUAAAAGAUGGAUUUGCAGCUUUCCCAUCGGGACACUCCUCCUUUGCCUGGGCAGGCCUCCUCUACCUCUCGCUCUGGCUCUGCGCUAAAUUCGCGAUUAUCCCUCCCGCUCAUUCUACCGCACCCUCCGCACUUAGAAGAAACGGACAAUCCACAUACUCACCUUCUUCACGGCCAGCCGCGCCGCCUCUAUACCUCCUUUUGAUUGCCGCCAGCCACGUUGGCCUUGCGCUCUGUAUCUGUGCCACCCGGUACUCAGACUAUAUGCAUGCCGGGUGGGACAUCAUGAGCGCCACUAUAAUCGGAGCCUUCUUCGCUUGUCUCGGCUUCCGGUGGUACCAUACCUUCCCACCUACGACGCUUCUAGGUCCUACUGAGGAAGGUGGAGGAUGGGCAUUCCCACCACGGUCCAAAUCGCACGCCCUUUGGGUGGCGUAUGGCAGCCGGGGAUAUCCUGAGAACGGGAUUAUUAAUGAAUACGAGGAUUUAGAAAUGGGGCCUGUGGGACGGUGAAGGCUUUGUUUGGGAUGUUCUAUAAUUGUUCAUGUACUGUAUUUUGCGUUUGUGUUGGGUAGAUUCGGC